AUGUCCACUGCUACCCCGUCCUCCACUGCUCCAAGUACCUCUACCAACCAGAAGCCACUAAAACACCGAUCCGUGGUCUCUUCUUUCAUCUUCAAACUCCCCCCUGCUUACUUUUCCCCUCCAUCCUCCUCCUCCUCCUCCUCUCUACCGACUACCUCCAAUUUUGAUCCAUCUAUCCAAAAACCACUCGUGGCUCUGUUCAAACGCUCCGACAAAGUCAGCACUUACACCCAUCACUACGCGCCCAUCUCCGGUUCCAUCGAUUCAACCGACCCUUCGCCCCUUAGCGCAGCCUGGCGUGAGAUUCAUGAAGAGACCACUUUAACUGCUUCCGACCUGAAAGUCCUUCGGCAAGGGAAGCCGUACACUUUCUCUGAUGAAUCAGUCGGGCGAGAAUGGACAAUCUGGCCGUUUGCAUUUUUGUUGAAGGACCCGGCUGGGGAUGGCGGGGGAAGCGAGAAAAGAAUAAAAAUCAAUUGGGAGCACGAGGGGUGGGCAUGGUUCGAUCCGUUGGAUGUGCGAGAUACUGAAGAUUUCGGAGGAGUGCCGAAGCUGAAGGAGAGUUUGAGGAGAGUCUGGUUUGAGAUUGAUCUUGGACUUGAAGCCGGAAAGGUGCUGGCGGAGGGGUGUAAACGUCUGGAGGAGGAUUAUGUGAGUGGGGCGAGGCAAAUGGCAGGUGAUGCCUUGCGUAUCUUGCGGGAUGUGAUCGACAAGAUGGACGACGGUGUCUUGUAUGGAGAGAAUGGAGAUGGGAAAGAGGCCAAAUGGUGGAAGGACAUCAGAAUGGCUGCAUGGCAUCUGUGGAAGAAUGGACGGGAGAGUAUGGGCGCGGCGAUCAUGUCUGCUUUGUUGUCUGCUUUGGCUUCCGUUGAGGCUAAAGUUUUCCAGGACCAUGCCACCAGCUCCAAGAGCAGCGGAAAGCAACUCAAAUCAACCAUCGUCUCCAUUUUGGACCGGGAGAUCUCCGCCCGCCCCUUGACCAAUGACCAGAUUUCCCGAUCGUUCGCCUCCUACAUCUCCCGUAACCUCCCCUCCUUCAAUACACCUCAAAAACCUCUUUCUAUACUGACCUUGUCGGAGUCCUCCACGAUCACCCACGCCCUUUCCCAUCUCCCCAUCCUUCUCCCCAAUUCCGUCCUUGAUAUCCGCGUUCUUGAAUCCCGCCCCCUGCUCGAAGGCGUCUCUCUCGCCGCCAGCCUCGCCAAAGCUCUCUCCACAGAGUUGGCAUCCAGUAACGACCGCCAACACAGCAUCAUCAUCUACACCGAUGCCUCGGCCUGUCAUGCCACUCGCGGGGUGCAGCUGGUGGUGAUAGGCGCCGACCGCAUCGCCUCAGACGGCUCAGUGAGUAACAAGACUGGCUCGCUGUCUGUUCUCCUCGCCACUCAAUACAACGCAAAAGAAGCCAAGGUGGUAGUCCUUUGCGACUCGGAAAAGGUGGCACUCCCUGGACCGCCAGAACAACACGUAGUGGAGGAUCAGGGUUUGGAACAAGUGACGAGGGUGUGGAUGGGCGAGGGUAGUAGUAAGCAAAUUAGAGGGGCUGCCAGGACAGUAUUGAACUUUGCUCAUGCCACAAGAUUUGAGGGGAAGAAGAAAGAGAAGAAGCAUGAAGAAAAGGAGAAGACGCAGGUAAAAGUGGAAGUGAGAAACGUGUCUUUUGAGUGGUGUGCCGGGGGGCUCAUUGAUGCUUACGUUACUGAGGAGGGCGAAUGGAAUGAUGAGAACGUGAAGAAGAAGUCAGAGACGCUUCAGGGUUUGGAGAAACGACUUUUUGGACCCCUGUGA